AUGUCUUUAAAGCCUUCAGCACUUUCGAGCAAUGAAAAGAAUUUUAUUCUAACAACACUUGAUGAAAACAAGCCUAUUGAAUCUAAUACUCCAACAAGUACAAAUAAAUCGGAUUCAAAGAAAUCAACUCCAAUAGUAUCGUCAUCAUCAUCAUCCUCACUCCCGAGUAUUUUAAGAAUUGAUGGACGUGAUUUAUAUGAUUAUAGAAGUAUUGAAUUUUCUUUACCAACAUCUUCACAAGAACUUGCUGUUCCUUCAGGACAAGUUCAAGUUACAUUAGGAAAUACAAUUGCAUUGGGAAUUGUUUCUUGUAGUAUUAUGGAACCAUAUAUGGAUAGACCAAACGAAGGAUUUUUAACAUUUCAAAUAGAUUUUAGUACAGUUGGUUCAAGACCAAUAGGAACAAAACAAACAUCUCAACAAAGAGAAUUAUGUAUUGAAAUUGGAAGAGUUAUUGAUCGUUCUUUAAGAGGAUCAAGAUCUAUUGAUACAGAAGCUUUAUGUAUUAUUGCAGGAAGAAAGGUUUGGAGUUUACGUGUUGAUGUACAUAUUUUACAAGAUGAUGGAAAUGUUUUUGAUUGUUGUCAUUUAGCUGCUGUUGCUGCACUUUUACAUUUUAAGAGACCUGAAGUUACAAUUGAAGGUGAUAGAGUUGUUGUUCACACUGUUCAAGAUAGACAACCAGUUCCAUUGAGUGUUCAUCACAUUCCUAUUUGUACAUCUUUUUCAUUCUUUGAUCAUGAUUCGGCUACUUUAUUCGUUGUUGAUCCAUGUAAAAAAGAGGAAAUGAUUGCAGAAGGUUUUAUGACCAUUGCCCUUAAUGCUCACAAGGAAUUGUGUGCCAUUCAAAAAGGUGGUGGUUUGGCUUUGACAAAGGAUCAAAUUUUAGAAUGUGCUCAAAUUGGAUCUGUUAAAUCAAAGGAAAUUACUGAAACACUUAAACAAUUCCUUCAAGCUGAAGAAUCUAAGAGAAUUCAACAAGGUAAAUUACAGUAUGUGAAAUAUGAAGAAAAUCCAACCAAAGUAGAAGAAGAACAAGAUGAAGAAGAUUCAGCCAUUUCAGAUAUUUCAGAACCAUUCUCUGAUAUGGAAGAUGAUGAAUAAACGCCAUUCUUUACAAU